AUGGCAUAUGCACAUGUCCAGAUGUUCAUGGAAAAGCUGAAGCAACUGAUAUACUCCAAUGAUAUUCCAAUGAUCAACAACCCAUCAAUUUUAUGUGAAAGGCCUCAAUUCCAACUGCUUUAUGAAGAGCUUGACUCCAUGAUCCAAACCCUUUUCAACCAUGAAGACCAAGAUCUACACAACUUUGAAGAAGUGAGAAAACUGAAGAAAAGAUUAAAAGCUGCAGCUGAAGAGGCAGAAGAUAUAGUUGAUAUCUUUAUAUCAUCUGUGCACGUUAGAAAUAACGGGUAUUUCACUAUCUCUGAUGUCUUUCAAACAUCUCUGAACCUUGAGGAUGUUAUGAGAUCAAUUAAGUCUAUCAAAGUGGAAUUCAUGACCACAAGAAUCGAUAAUAUGAAGAUUGAUUUGUCUCAAAGAACUGAGUCAGCUGCUGGAACUUCCAAUACUACAAAUUCACUAGGAUCGAAGAAAGUAUUAGAAGAAAUGGUGGUGGGGCUAUGUGGUGAUGUUGUGCAAAUGCAAUCUGCUGGAACUUCCCGCAUUAGAAAUUCACUCGGAUCGAAGAAAGGAGUGGAAGAAAUCGUUAUGGGGUUUGAUCGUGAUGCUGAGAUAAUACGGGACAAACUUGUUGAAGAUGGAAAGAAGUUGGAUGUGGUCUCUAUUGUUGGUAUGGGUGGAAUAGGUAAGACUACCCUUGCUAAAAAAGUCUUCACUGAUCCUUUUGUUGUUUAUCAUUUUUAUGUCCGUGCAUGGGUCACUGUUUCCCAAACAUAUGACAAACGGGAUCUAUUGAUUCAAGUUUUGUCAUCCAUAGAUAAACAAUUAGAGCUUGAAGAAGCAACUGUUAGGAUCGAGACACUUAACACACCACUCUAA